AUGAGCAGAUUGGGCGUAUUCAGCAACAUUCAAUCAAAGAUAGCACAUGCUUCAACUAUUCCCGCACUAGGCAACAAGGACCUUCGUUUACUACAAGAGUGGAUUUCCACCGAGAAGGGGGUUCUGAACAGUCUGACACGCCUGGUCGGUGAUCUAGACAAAGUAAAUGAAGCACUAACGCACUGGGGAAGCGGCGAGGGUGCUGAUCUUGGAGACAUCCUUUCCCGAUCACGAGAUCUUCUUUCGCAUGUGUCUAUUGCUCUCAGCCGUUUUGCUGAACAUGAAGGCGCUAUGAGGGCCAUGCUCAAGGGUAUUCGUACCCGGGAAGAGGCCUUGGAUGACGCCAAGAAGAGGAGACGCAACCUCGUUGGAAAAGCAGAGGUAGCGCAGAAGAAACUUAGUAAAAUGGGACAGGAAAACAAGCAGCUGCCGCAACAGACUGAGCUCCUUACCAGUCUCCGGCAGGAGAUCGCGCAGCUUGACGGUCAUAUUUUCAACGAGGAGCCUGCUGUUUUCGACUUCAAGAGGCGUACAACUAAGGAUGUGAUGGUGCUCAAGUUUGGUGGCCUUGCUGAACUUGCAGAGAAGAUCACUAUUAUUGGAACGCUUGGUAAGGAUCUGAUAGAGGACAUCCCUCUCGAAGCCACUACUCCUGGGCAGAUGCGGGCUCCAUACACGGCAUUCGAUAAGACUCGCGAAACUGUGGAGGAAGCAGCACGAUGUGUGAAUUCUGUUCAGAAACCAAGGCGGCCAUACCUUCCAACGAAUGGGCUCACGGUGAUGCAGAACAACCGGAAGGCAUGCCAUUCAGCCCUCGACACAAGGGAGUUCCUGAACCAAUGGAGGAACCGCUCGUCUCCCCUACGUCACCACAGCGCCCAGAAUUGCCUCAUCACCUUCCGUCCAGUGUGGGGUUCGCGUCUCCAACAGAUCUGA